CCAACAUGAUGAUUUAGCUUAACCUGCCUGACAACAUUCAUCGACUGGCAGCGAUGCAGUCAGAAAACUAUCGUCCAUUGCUCGCGGUAGCAUGCAGAUUUGUGCCUUAUGACCAGUGGUUCAUAACCCACUUGGAUGAUAACCAGAAGGUCAAGCAGGUCAAACAUUGGAUACUAUCUAAAUGCAAUAUCAUCCAAACCCCCCAUCUCCCCGCUCAACGCCCCGUUUCUCCUAUCACAUUUGCUUCCAGCAUCAGGACCCGUACCUCAGUCGAUAGUAUGGAAGACGGUUAUAAUGAAGAUGAUGAAUAUGAAGAGGACUCGGAUGACUUUGACGACUUUUCUUAUCGCCACCCAGAACUCAGACGUCAAACUAUAUAUUCUCGUCGACCUGGAAAGACAUCAACCGCACCUGCUUCUUCACACACCAUUCAACCUGGCAGUAGCCCUGUCACCGACCAGUAUACCCUUAUCUCAUUCUCAACUGGAACAAUUCUAGAGGACGACUAUGCCCUAUCUUGGUAUAACCUUCGCCCUUGUGAACUUCUAGAGAUGCACCGCUCAGGGAAGGUCGUCCAAUUACCACGAGAAGUCAUUUCGGACUAUGUCCAACCCUACUUCCAGUCUAAAGCCAGGGCCCUCCGUGCAGUAUGGAAUCUAAAGUCAGGCCGAUUCGAAUCCCCUGCAGCUACUCGGCACAGCUUAAGCGCAAAAAGCAAAGACAAAAUAUCUAAUAUUCAGACCCCCUUGCAACCCGAGAAGAAGAAGAGAAAGGCUAAAGUCGAGUGGAAAGAUCGAUGGAUAGUCAUAAAUCAGGGUACCCUAUCUCUCUGCAAGGAUUCAUCUGGUGGGACCCCUUUGCAUCAUUUUCCACUGACAUCAUUACGCGCCCUUCGUGGCGCAGAGUCUCUUGCACGGGCUUGUUCCAUCAUAGCAGAACAACGCGUCGUCUGUCUUAAGUUUCAGAGCAAAGUGUUCAAGGCAUCCUCCAUCACUGCCUCUUCACCACCCAUGUCUCUUCCCUCGUCUCCGACUGCAGAAGACUGGAAAACAGAUGUGCAAAUUGAAGCGACGGACAUCACAUCUCUAUCAGACAAAACAACUUCGCCCUCAAAAGAACCUCCAGACAAGGGAGAUCACUAUAAGAACUCCCCGUCUUCCGACUAUACUCCGGAAGACAUCUGCCGUGGGGAAGGCGAAUGGCUCGUCCUCGAUUUGCUUGAUGAUCAUGCUUUCUCAAAUAUCCUCCGUAUCCUUCACCGCUACACCUCUCAUCCAAUAUCAUCAUCGUUCCUCCCUACAUCAUCAAUUAUCACAGUCGCAAACUACUGGAACAACGUCUCUUCUCCUGCUCUCACGCCUUUUGUUUACUCCUCACCAUACGACUCACUUCCAUACCCAGAAUGGCGCACAAAGACUGUCGAGACCGCGCGCAAGGCUGGCAUGGGGGACGUCGGAAAACCACUCGCACUCGUCCUAUGGUCCGAGAAUACCCGCCGAGAAUCCUCAUUGCAUGACAUCCACAAUCCGCGGUUCGCCUUCUCGCAAGGAUUAAGGUCCAAACCUUCCACUAGUUCUUUUGCACCACACUCGGACUCAGAAUCGGGUGAAAUCGAUGGAGAGAGCGAGAUGGAGUGGGAGGGUUGGAUGAGGGAUCUAGAGAGGCAAGGAAGCGUAAAGCAACAUCAUCCUCAUCAUCAGAAAAUCAUGCACUCUCCUAGCGACUCCGAGCACCUACCGCCAAGCCCCUCACUCCUACCCACCCCACCACCUUCGGACGCGUCCUCUCAGGGCUCCCCAAGGGGCCACUCACCCCCGCACUCACCCCCCGCAUACCCCACGAUCAAUAACGUUAUUCACUACGGGGACCCUUUUUCCCGCACUUCUCUCGAAUCACGUGUGCCUGGGAGGACCAAGACUACGACGGUUAGCACCGUGAGCGUGGGUACCGCCGUGCACACUUCUCCGCGGAAACGGUCUUCGACCCUCACGCCAGUUAGCUUAUCCAGGCUGAUGAAGGAGAAGGAAAAGGGAGACACUGUUCGUCCGUCAACGGGUAUCAAUGGCUCGCGUUUGGGAGCGCUAUCAUCGUCAUCAUCACGAGGCACCCAUAUCCGACACGCGCAUUCGGGAUCUAACCUCCGUUCAACCCCAACGGAGCACCUCCAUCGCGCACAGGACGCGGAAGGUUCGAGUAGUGGAAAGAAAAAGGUGGGUAUCGUUAGGGGUAUGUCGAUGCGGGCGGAAAAACUCGUGAGGGGGCUGGACGCUGCUAUAGACUUUGUUGAUAAUCAUCCUUAGUGUUUAGGUUUUUUUAUGUUGGUUAGUUUCUGUCUCUCUCCCUCUCACUUUCCCCCUAGGUUAUUGUGCGUGGAACUGGUAUUUAAGUUUACCUCUGUUGUCUGUAUUAGUAUGUAUUCGCCUGUGUUAGCUCCCACUUAUCAUAUGGGUUUUUGCUGCCGGCUAC